AUGGCUAAUUUUUCAUCAUCAGGUAGUACUGGUAAAACAGCAUGUAUUUCGCUUCAUGGUCUGUCACAUGAGGUUUGUGUGGCAGCUACACAGGCAGAAUAUUGGCAACAGUUAAAACAAAAUUCAAACAUUUCAAUUACAAGUAUUGGUAACUAUGUACCAGUAGAGUUGGGAUCACUUUGUAACGAUGAAGAAGGACCAAAACUUCAACUGAUAAUUCAAUCACAAUCUGAACAGGAUAACAAACAAUUUGAUAUUAUUUGUGGUCGAAUUCAUUAUGAUUUAAUGUUAUUCGAAAUCAAUGAUCGACCUGUUUAUGAUUAUGUCCAACAUCAAGUUAUUGUUUUUGGUUCAUUAUUUAAUUCUUUAAAAGAUAUAUUUGAUACUGAACGACAAAUAUUAGGUCAACGAAAUUAUAAUAUCAAAAGAAUAAGAAAUGCAUUAGCUUGUUCAAUUAUUGUUGAUCGACCUAUGGCACAUAGAUAUUGUUUUACGAUUCAGCAUGAGAAACGAACUAUUAUGGAUCUUGCGGUUAUGCCAAUUCAAGAACUUGUACGACAAGCACAAAGUAGUUAUUUUACGAUGUAUGUUACGAAAAUUGAACGAACUUUACUAGGUCCUACGGAACAAAUGGCAACUCAUCCAUCAACAUCAAAUCCAGUGGAAUAUCCUUCACUUAGACUAUUUCAACCUAGUAGUAAACGAAAACGUACUGAAGAUAAAGAACAAAAACCAACAACAAGUGGUCAAUCAAUUAUUGAUUCUGAUCAAAGUGAUGAUGAUGAUGAUGAAACAAAACCAAAAGAAACACGAGAACAACGUCGUGAACAAGUUGAACUUAUUUUUAAUCAUAUAUGUGAACGAAUGCAAGCUCGUACACCGAAUGAUCAAUUAAAAAAAGCUCUUGAAGAUCCUAGUCAAAUCAAGUCUUAUUUUUAUAACACUAGUUCAUCAAAAACAGCUAGUGAUAAAUCGGAAUUAAAAAUUGAAUUAGUUGAACAAUAUUUUGAUUUACGUGCACGUAGCAUUAAUGCACAUAAAUUUAAAUUAAUAUUUAAUAAACAAUUAAAAAUUGGUGGUGGUAUAUGUGAUAGUUUACAAAAAACUGCUGUAGCACGUGCUUAUGAAAUAUUGAAAACAAUUACAAGAGACACACCAAGAGAAAAUGUUAUAAUAAAAAAAACACACGAUGGACUUUGGAAAGCUGUUGUUAAACCAAUUCCAUCUGUUGAAUAUUUGCUAACAGCAACAAGAAAAUUAACUAUUGAUGAACUUCAUCUACAUGCACAAGAUGCUCGAUUACUUUAUCAUGAAUUUUGGACAAUUCCAACAAAUCAUCUUGAAAAAGUUCGUAUGUGUGGUGCUGGUACUAAAAAUCGUUAUGGUACAAUUAUUGCUAAUGAACAUUCUCGUGUAAAAUUAUCUGAACUACCUGGUGAUUCACUUUCAACGUAUAUCAAUGCAAAGUAUGUUAAUGGUUAUUCAAAUGAAUAUCAUGCAUUUAUUGCAACACAAGGUCCACUUGCCAAUACAAUUAUAAAUUUCUAUCGAAUGAUUUGGCAAGAACAUGUACCAGUUAUUGUUAUGAUAACUCGUUUAUUUGAAAAAAAAAAUAAAGCAAAAUGUGAAAGAUAUAUACCAGAUAGCCAAGCUAUUCAAUAUGGACCAUUUCAAGUUCAAAUUAAAUCAAUUUCAUAUCAAACCGAUUAUGAAAUACGUCGGUUGAUAAUUGAAUUUGAAAAUGAACAACGUGGAGUUGAACAUUAUUGGUAUACAACAUGGUCAGAUCAAUCUUGUCCGGAUAUUGCUCAACCAUUAAUUGAACUUGUUAAAAAUGUUGAAAAAAAUGCUGGCAUUGGCCGUACGGGAUGCUUCAUUGCACUGAGCAAUGGUAAAAAACAGCUUGAUAAUGAACAUAUAAUUGAUAUCGUUCGUAUACUUUGUGAAUUACGUCGAGAUCGUGGUGGAAUGAUACAAACAAAUGAUCAAUAUCAAUUUAUUUAUCAAGCAUUAAGCGAAUACACAAGAACGUUGCAAUUAUCAUCUUGA